AUCUUGUAUUGCACCCUGAGCACCCCCAAGGUCGAUAUGGAGAGCCUCUUGGGAGCCCACAUCGGCCUUGAAGAUUUCAUCUUUGCCCACGUCAAGGGCAUUCAGAAGGAAGUGACCGUCUACAAGUCGGAGGACGCCCUCGGCCUCACCAUCACAGACAACGGCGUGGGCUGCGCCUUCAUCAAGAGGAUCCAGGCGGGCAGCCUGAUGGACGGGGUGAGGACGGUGAGCGUGGGCGACCACAUCGAGGAGAUCAACGGGCAGAACAUCGUGGGCUGGCGGCACUACGACGUGGCCCGGACGCUCAAGGAGCUCAAGAAGGAGCAGCCCUUCUCGCUCAAGCUCGUGGAGCCCAAGAAGGCCUUCGGGCCAUCUUCUGGGGGCGCCUCACCAGCCCCCGCCUUGGUCUGCGGCCCCAGCUGCGAGGACUCUCCUGGGGAGGCCCUGACGGCCACCCCCUACAUCCAGGCAGCCCGGGAGGCUGGGGGGCGCCUGUGA